CUCUUUAAUGGAAGCUCUGCAAUUUCUGAACUAAAGAGAUUCAUAGUUUUUUCGCCUCUUUCGCAGCAUAGAAACACUACUAGAAAUCGAAGCUUUAUGAGCAGAGAUAAGUAUGAGGUAGCUGGGAAUUGAAAUAGCAAAUUUAUGGUCUCUGAAGCACUGCAACAGUCUUUCAUGGCUACCAAACUUGCAUGUACAUCAUCUCUGCCAUGGAUUUGGGUGAUUGAAGCACUGGCAAGUUCCAGUGAGAUAGACGCAUCUUUACUCAUCAAUUUGGUUAAGAGGACUCCUGAAAUCUCAGAUGAUCUGGGGAGAAAUGCAAGGGAAAUGGUUUCCUUGAGAGUUUUAGAGAGCUUAUUUGGUCGGAAAAACUCAGAUGCAAAUAGUGUCGCUUCAGUUCCAGGUGACAAAGUUGAACUUGAUCCGUCAAGGGACUGCGAAGAUGUCCUUCGCUGCAUAUUGUUGGAGAUGUCUGCAUCAAAUCUAAAAACAGCUACUCCAGAUAUGUUCAAGUGGGAUGUUCUGUCAUUCAUUAUGAAAAAGAGAUCUAUCUUGCCAAAGUGUCACUUGCAACAAUUUAAAGAUGCCAUUGUGAAAUCGACGAAUCCUUUUUCCACUUCCUUGAAAGAAAGAAGUGGAUUGGAGUUGGGGAACCACUACAGAGACAGUGGUACUGCUGAUGCUAUUGAUUCUGAUGGCUUUAAGCAGGGACAUGAAAUAGGAGGUGUGAAUACCCGACAUGCUGCACCAACUGAGAACUUGGAUACUUCAACACAGGGCAACAAGAAUGGCCUGCAAGAAAAUCAGCCUGGAAGCACUCUGCUGCCUGUUAAGAGGAGUUUUAAUGCCCCUACUGCUUAUGAAAUAGAAGUCAAUAAAACUAAAGCCACGCCAGAGAAAAGUUCUGAUCCAUGUGCGAAGGCUGCCAAAAAGUUUAAGCAGGAUGUUGCUGGUCCCAUUCAGAACACUGUUCCUGAUUUGAUAUCGUCUCAAAGAGAUGGAGUCCCAACAGAAUCAUGUGGAGGAAGUCAAUCUAUUGUUCAAAAAAGGAACUCGGAAGAUGAUGGUACCCUUGAAGCAAAUGGAUGCCUGAAGGAUGGUAAAGCAAAGCAUGCUGCAUCAGCAAGUGUUUUAUGUGGCAUUGACUCUAGUAUCAAGGAUCUGUUGCCUCAAAGAAUGAGUUCAGACAAGAAGUUCCAAAAUAUUGGAAGUAGCAGCAAUUGUUGUGCUGAACUGGGAACAUCAAGUGACUCAUCCCUGCAUGUGAUUCAGCAGGAUUCUCGCACUUGUGGCUCCAAAGGUGACCUGGAUUAUAAUCUUCCACGAGAUCUGCAAAAUGGCGAACCUUCUAAUGCAGACAAAGAGAAUAUUGAGCAAAGUUGUGAAUCUGAGUUCUCUGGUGAUACUGAUGAGUAUCACAAUGAGAGUACUGAUCUUGCUUCACAGAAAAAUGAUUUCUUGAACUUGCAAUACGCUCAGGGUGAAGAUUCUUUGGCAACUGUUGAUUGUACAGAGCUUAAUCUUUGUGUGAAGUGUAACGAGGGGGAAAACUUAUUAGUUUGUAGUUCUGAUACUUGCUCUUUGGUGGUUCAUGAAAGUUGCUUGGGUUCUGUACCCAACUUUGAUUACAAAGGAAGCUUCUUUUGCCCCUUUUGUGCAUAUUCUCGAGCCAUUUCUGAGUACCUGGAAGGUAAGAAGAAGGCCUCACUUGCUAGGAAUGAUUUGGCUGCAUUUAUUCGCUUGGGGGCUGGACAACAAUCAAAGAAGUCACUACCUAGGUCACAAGGAAUGAAGAAGCAUCAAUCUCAAGAGGAUACAAUUGUACAGUUGUGCCGCAAUGUAAAGGGUAAGAAUUCAUUGAAGGAGGUCACAGAAGCAGGAAGUGCUCCAGCCGACAGGAGUUCUGUCGGAGCUCAAGUCAUGCAAACCAGUGCACCUCAACCAGAGCCUUCUCGACCCCGCAAUGAAAAUGAGAGGAAUUCAUUGAAUGAGGUCACAGAAGCAGGAAGUGCUCCAGCCGACAGGAGUUCUGUCAGAGCUCAAGUCAUGCAAACUGGUGCACCUCAACCAGAAACUUCUCUACCCCGCAAUGAAAAUGGGAGGAAUUCGUUGAAUGAGGUCAGAGAAGCAGGGAGUGCUCCAGCCGACAGGAGUUCUGUCGGAGCUCAAGUCAUGCAAACCGGUUCACCUCGACCAGAGGCUUCUCUACCAAAACAAUGCUUAGUAGCUGGUCAACAACCCGACAAAUCACCUCUUGGAUGUCAUAGAUCAAGACAGAAUCAGUCCAGAGAGGAAGAAGAAUUGUGUCAUGAUGAGAAUAGAAACAAAAAUUCUUUGGAGAAGGCUGAACCAGCAGGAAGUCAUCCAGUCACUAGAAAUUCAAUGCGUGCCGAGGUCACGCAGAUCCAUCCACCUCAACCACAUGUUCCUCAUGAACAUGUGUGCCAAGAAAGUUCUUCUAUAGAAGUAAGUUCUGAAGAAGAACAAGAUGAGAUAGGUUCCGGAUACCAUGUACAAUUUAGGAAACAAGAAAACAAUUUCUGUCCCUGGAUUCCUCAACUGAGGAGGAAGAAGCUCCCAUGGACAAAAAUGGAGGAGGAAACAUUAAAGGAGGGAUUACUACAAUUCUCACAUUUUCAUGAUAGAUGGAAGAGGAUUUUGGAAUUUGGAGGUGAUGUUUUCCAGAAAGGUCGGACAUCGGGGGACCUCAAAGAUAAGUGGAGAAACAUUAGCAAAGCAGGCGAGAAAGCAACAUAAAUGUUUCUUUUUAAAAUGGACUAUAUAUGUGUAGUGUUGUCUAAAAUUGUUGGCUGCUUUUUUUGGAACAGCAUACUAUUGUGCAUAAUGCAGUUACUGUUAAUAUGUGGCUUAAGUCUCUCCAAUGGUAGUUUUUGUUAGACUUUGAGGUCUCUUGAGCCUUCUGUUGUACCCCCAAUGUCCCUGUUAGAAGUUUUUUGGAAUGAAGUAAGGUACGAAGCCAAAAUUAGAAGUUCCCAUGUAGCUUGCAGAAAAUAGCAUUUUGUUAUAAACUUUUCUCUAGUGAAGUGUAAAAAUGCUUAAAUGUUCUGCUUGUAAAUGUUCUGAAGAUUUAAUAACAACCUUGUUUAGCUAGUCUA